AUGUCGUUAUCUACCCUGGUACUGGGUGUUUUCUACCUUGCGGGUGUGUCUGCCGCUUCUGUUUCGAGGCAGAUACAGCUUGGUGAUCAUGAGUACUUUGUUCCUCCGACCGCAGCGUGGAAGUUGGACUCGUGGAAUGCUUCUGUCGGUGAUGAGUUUACGCCUUUGACGGUUGUUGAGUUGAAUCAGACGGCAAAUGCUGAGCGUGUUGCCUCUGCGCUGAGGGAGUAUGAGAAGGACGAUGUUUGGACCAAGGAGUUUACUCAAGCUUUAUACAUCAAGUCUGAUAAGGAGUUGGCCUUCAACUCUUCCAAGUACAAUGUUUCAGCAGUAUACACUGGCCAAGAGUCGGUGCCUGCGGGUCCGUACUUUGUACAUCGCUACACUGGCAAUGUCUUCCAAGCAUACCGCCUCUAUGUCGACACCAACCAAGCCUUCAUCCAAUCCACAUACCAAGACCCCUCCGGAACCCAUCACCCCCUUCGCGCCGGUGCCCUUUCCGCCGGAGGUCUCACGAUCGCCGUCCCAUCGCGUCUCUACUUCACCCCCACGAAAGAAAAGCCCCUCGCCGGUCUUCGUCUCGGUGUCAAGGAUCUAUACGACCUCAAAGGCGUCAAGACAAGUGGAGGUAACCGAGCUCUAUACGAAAUGAGCAAAGCCAAGACCAAGACUGCUCUAUGUGUGCAGAAACUCAUCGAUGCCGGCGCUGUAGUCGUCGGAAAGAACAAAAUGUCCGAGUUUGCGUUUGCUGGCGGAUACGUCACUGAGCACAUUGACUACCUUCUCCCCUUCAACCCUCGAGGCGACGGAUACAACUCACCUGGUGAUAGCUCCGGUGGCUCUGCUGCAGCUGUUGCUUCGUAUGACUGGCUUGAUGCUAGUAUGGGAAGCGAUACAGGCGGUAGUAUUCGUGGCCCUGCACUCCAGAAUGCAGUCCAUGGCAAUCGUCCUACACAAGACGCUGUCGAUCUCACAGGAGCUCUCCCUCUUUCGUCGGCCAUGGACACCUCAGGUGUUAUUGCUAGGGACCCUGUCAUUCUGUCCAAGUUUACCCGAUCUCUUUACGCUGGCACGAUCAAAGAGUAUUCCGGGCUACCAUCUGAAGUCCUCCUUGACAGCGGUAGUGAACAGUUUCUCCUUAACCUUGAAAAGGACUCCACUAAAGCAGCGAAUGCAGUAGGAGAGUUCUUAAAUAGCCUCACAAGCUUACUAUCUGCCAAUGGUUCUGUCUUCUCUAUUGAUUCGGCCUGGACAAACUCUACACCAAAGGCACUCAGCGACGAGCCUCUCUCCAAUAUCGUAGGUAAUGUCUAUCUGAAUCUUACAACCUACGAGCAGUGGAAUAAAUUUGGCAAGGAUUAUGUCGAAGAGUACAAGAGUCUUCACGAUGGUGCAUUUCCUCAUAUGGUGCCUGAGAUUCGCGAAGGGUGGAUGAACGCCAAUCAGACAAUGACGCAGUUGACGCAUGAAGAUGAUUUGGCUUCCAAGAAAGGUGUUGAGGAAUGGGUUGCGAGCGAGUUUUUGACUGCUGAUAACAAGAGCUGCUCGAAUGCUGUCUACGUCUAUCUAUCGGCCAGCUAUCCUUCAUACAAGCCAGAUGUUUCUCAAGAUGGCUCGAACCCGUAUAUCCGCGAGCUUUUACAAGCUAGUUCCGAGCAGCAGUCUCUCAUCACCCAGCUCAACACUACCGUUAACUGCAACUCAACCCUUGGGUCCGAGGAAGCCUGCGAGGAAUCGCUGGAGGCAGAAAAGUCAAACUCCAACUCAGGAAGUCAGACCGUCUACGCCGGAAGACUCGCUUCUGUGGCAGGACUACCAGACUACGCAGUCUCGCUGGGCAUGUUUGACCUGGGCCAAUUCUCCAACUCAAGUCUCCAAAACGAGCUUGUUCCUGUUGGAGUCAACAUCAUGGCGGCAAAGGGCUGCGACUUUGUAAUUCUCGAUAUUAUCGAGGCACUCCAUAAAGAGGGUGUUAUCAAGACAGCCAAGACUGGUAAAACAUCAUAA